AUGCUAACACGAAGCUUGCUUGCGGUCACGGCUAGCGUCAAAUAUAGAGCACCUUUUGCCAGCAGGUGUCCGUUGGGCAGCAGCCCGUGUCACUGCGUUCUCCGUCCAAGAAUACUCCGAUUUUUUGCUCUAGAUCGCAAUCAGGAUGGUUCGCAACUAAGAAGUUCAACGCCCUUACUGCGGCACUGGGAGAGGAUCAGGCGUAGAUAUCCCCAACACAUUCUUUUAUACCAAGUUGGCGACUUCUUUGAGUGUUUUAAGGAAGAUGCUGUUACGCUCUCCGAGACGCUCGGCAUAACGCUUACCCGCCGUGGCGUCGGCAAAGACGCGACUCCCAUGGCGGGCAUUCCUGUUCGCUCUUUGGACGCUCACUUGCAUCGCCUUGUACAAGCGGGACAUCGAGUAGCCUUAUGCGAGCAAGUUGAGCCAGCCUCGUCAGGGAGUCGCCGCCUCAUAGAUCGGCGUGUAACACGCCUUGUAACACCGGGAACUCUGGUGGAGUCUAUCCAGCAAGCCAAUGAGAAUAAUUACCUUGUAGCGGUUUCCUUGCCGGCGAACUCAGCUUUGGACGGGAAUGAAGCGAACAACGCCACGUGUCGCAUAGCUCUGGAUCGUACAAGCGCAUCAAAUCAAUUGGACACGACAUAUCUAAGCGAAGUGCAUGAUGCAUGCGUCUAUUAUGGCGUUGCCUGGGUAGAUUUGAGCACCGGACAGGAGGUUCAGUGCAGCCUCGAGAGCUUCGAGACGAUUGGCGAAUGCCUCAGUAGGCUCCAGCCGCGAGAGAUUCUCGUGCGGGGAACUCUUCCUGAUGAUGCAGAGGCUUGUUUCGCAUACACCCUGCUGCGCAGAGUAGUUUCAGAUAAGUGCCUCAUGACCUGCCAUGAUGAGCGCUUCCGAUACCAGCUCCCAGACCAGACUGGAAAUGGAACCUUGACCCCCCAGGAACGACGCGCUGUCGAAACCUUGUUUUCCUACAUCGAGCAAACACGCAAUCCAAUGGAGGACAAUGCUGAGGGCGUCGCAUCCUCUGCUGAGAGACUGUUAUGCCUGCGACCGUUGCCAUUAGAACUCUGGCCAAUCGUACGGCGCUUUGACGCCGGAGGUUUCAUGCGCAUCGAUGCUUCUACACGGCGAGCUCUAGAGCUGCACAGAUCCCUGCGAGACCCGUACUCGCGCAGAGGCUCACUAUUGGCUGCUAUCGACGCUACCGUGACGGCGCCAGGUGCUCGUCUGCUUUCGCUGCGACUUGCGUGCCCUUUGGUGGAUUCGGCCGCCAUCGAGCGCCGGCUUGACGCGGUGGAGUUUUUCGUGAAGCACCGUGCAAUAGCGCGCGAAACGCGAAGGAGCCUCCAGCACGUGCUCGAUAUUGAACGAAUCGUUCAGCGAAUCUUUCUCACAACUGGGCAAGCGGUUCGAGAGGGCCGCUUCACGGACUUUGAAAGAGUAGAAAAUACGAACGAGCAUUUGUUGAGCUCGCCCGCAAUUGCCCGUAUACAAAAUUUGAUUCGGGACCUUGUUGCCCUAGGUGAAAGCCUGGGGCAUGCCCAGCGUCUACGUGAUCAUAUCUGGAAACGCUUUGCUUCAAAGGAGAGCCAUCAUGACCCGUGUUUCGAGGCCGUCCAGCGACAAAUGGAUCGCAUUCGCUGUGACAACAUUUAUAAUGUUUUAUCAACCGCCCUGGAGGGUGUCUUGGGUCCAGGCACGACAGUCGUUGGCGUUUCACCUCCAGAUUCGGAAGCACGGGUGCGUUCCGGAGACAUCACGUGGCCUCCGGACUCGAACGCGGAUGGUCAGGAAGCACGAACAUCAGACGGUACCCGAGCUGCGGCUACUGGCCCAGCAAGCACUCAAGCAGGGGCGAUACGUCCAGGAUACUCUGCGGAGCUUGAUGCAGCAGUGGUAGAGUACGAGCGCAGCUUGCAAGCAGUGGGUGCACUCGAACAGGUGUAUCGUGAGGUGCUAGGUCUGAAAACUCUCAAAGUUAGAAGCAAUAAUCUGUUAGGAUGGCACCUGGAACUAACCCGAAGAGAGGCCAGCCGCCAUCAGCUGUUCCAAAAGGCCCAAACUCACGGCAAGUGGGAGCCACUCGGGCUCCCCGUAUCCGCUGCUAAUCCAUCGCCCUCUGAUAUUGAUCAUCACAACGUGCCUUCCUUGAUGAUGCGGAACAAACUUACUGAUGAUGCUGUUAGACGAAUCAAUGAGACCCAACACACUGUUCGAUUUCGAAGUAGAUUAUUGGAACACUAUGUGGCCAAUCGUCUUCAAGCUGAGGCGCGCUUCCUCCGUAUUCAGCAGAACAUCCUACUCGAACUGACUCAUCGGUGUGCAGGCGACCCACAUGCACGUGAGCAAAUACGUGAAACUGUCGCAGCGUUGAGCGAGCUCGAUGUCGCAGCAGCGCUUGCUCAGGUCGCUCAUGAACACAACUAUUGCAGGCCAGUUCUGCAUCGACCUGCUUCGGAGAAACCUCGCUACAUGAUUCGCAUCGAGAAUGGCCGACACCCAACGGUUGAAAGAGCAGUGCGGAAUUUCGUUCCGAAUUCUUGCUAUUUGGAGAUCGCUGAGGAUAGCAAGAUCGCGUCUCCUUCUCUGCUCGUGCUGACCGCAGCGAAUGCUUCAGGAAAAUCCACAUUUUUACGACAGAUUGCUCUUAUAACGAUUCUGGCACAGACCGGGAGUUUCGUGCCGGCUGAUCAUUGCGAAUUACAUCCUGCAGAUAGAGUUUUCGCCCGCGUCGGUGCCGCAUCAGGUGAUGAUCUUCUCUCUGCGCGUAGCACGUUCUUCCUCGAGAUGGAGGAGACGGCGGCAGUACUGCAAAAAGCUACGCGACAAUCCCUAGUCGUUCUGGACGAAGUCGGUCGAGGAACGUCCGGCGAGGACGGGCUCGCAAUUUGUGAGGCCGUUGCAACGGCUCUUGCCCCCCGGUGCCGCACCAUACUCGCCACCCAUUAUCUCGAAAUACCGCGUAGAAUUCUGGAGAGAACGCACCCUGCUGCAAAACACACCAGGUGCUUCACCGCGAAAGUCGAGCACGAUGCCACGAAACGGGCGCUCAAGUUCUCCUAUCGACUCAGCGAAGGAGCAGCAAGCUCCAGCUUUGGUAUCGAGGUUGCACGGCUCGCCGGGGUCCCGGAGCCCGUCUUGCGUCACGCAGAAAGCAUCGUCCAGUCGAGGAACGCUCAAAAGCUAGGAACUCGUUCCGGCAGCUGA